AUCUUGAUGCCUUGGGAGGAGCUCAGAACAGGGCCCUCAUCGGCAGACAAGACUUUGCUCCUGGACUACAUCUCCCCAUUGCUACCAGUUGGUCUCUGGAUGUCCAUCAAGAAUCGACAUUGGUCCGUCACAAUAUCUAUAAUUGGCCAAUUACUGAUACUAGGCACUACUGUUUUCUCAACAGGUUUGCUCAUCCUGGAGCCAACUCAAAUGUCCAAAAGCGACCAAAAAUUUCAGCUAUCGUCAAAAUUCCAGUUGAAUCAAUCUAUGGAUCCCAGAUUGGCCUGGUCAGUCGGCCCAGGUCCCGCGCAAACUUACUAUGGUAUAAACUUCUAUGGACUGCGUUAUCCGCCUGGCACAGCUGAAGACAUUGUCGUCCCCGAGUUUCAAGCCCCAUCGAUGGCCGCUACGAAUCUUGAAUAUACAAUGACUACGGAUGGCCUCAAAGUCAACUAUGAUUGCGAACUUCUGCCUCUCACUAAUGGCACAACGGUUUUCAUGCCAUGGCGAAGCAUCAACGGGCCAUUCAUUGUUGCCAACGUCACCACUAAAGAUUGCAACAUCAAAGGAGUUACUCUAGCUGCAGGCCCCGAUCAUGAUUAUUAUCAUGACCGGAAUGCAACGCAGAACUAUCAGGCUCAGUUCGCCGCCUACCCUUGCAACGCCGACUUCGAUUUCAGUAGGCAAUUUAUACCCCAAAACAAUUUAUCCUUGGGAUUACAAGUAUAUAACACCAGCAGAGAUAUACGCAUUUUCAUGUCUGUGGUCGAUCUCCGCAUUUCGCCAUAUAAUGUGUCUGUCAGCUCUCCUCGGUACAUGUAUCUCCAUAACGUCACAUCUGCUCUUUGCAAACCAUCGUAUGAGUUGGGACAUUUCGAUGUUGGCGUCCCAAACGCCGUCAACGGAUCUGCCCACGCUCUUUUCUCAGCGCCAGCAGAUGCGCAAAAUGUUCUAAAGACAUUUCCUCAGGGAUCCCUCGCCAUGGGCGUUGAAUCUACCACCGACAACUGGAACUUGGGCAACGGAGGAGUUGACUAUGUUCUGUCAGCCACUGUGCCAACAUUUUUCCAACUCAUGUCGAAGAAAGCUGGGGUAGAAUCUAUCAGAAGUUUUAUGGAUCCAAAUCUUCUUCUCAGUACAGGAUCCGAUGUAUUCAAGGGAAUUGCUACUCAAGUCUUACACGAAAUCAUCGUUCAGCCGGCGAAUCGUACCGCUACUGGAAGCAUUACCUAUGUGGAGCAGAGGCUGCGCGUUAAAGCCCUUUCGACCAGCUUCAUGUGUAGCUUUCUCGGACUGUUGGUUAUCUUGUCCGUGGGAAUGAUAUUUGCUCGGCCCAGCUUUGCAGCGCCAGACCAACCAGGAUCAACUCUCUCAAUGGCUACACUGCUCGCAGCAACUAGCACCACCCGGUUCCUUGCCCUUGCGAUAUGUCUACCACUGCUCGUCAUUGCAUCUUUGGAGAUUGUUCAACACUUUUCAGACAUAAACGAUGGAUUCAUGAGUAUCAGCCAAUCGAGCUCGCUCGCAUUUGCUACUUAUAUUCCUUCAGCUGUUGCCCUGGGAGUGGCUAGUCUCUAUGCCGCAAUGGAAAUGAUGGCAGCAACUUUUGCUCCAUACGCACCCUUGAAGCGUGGAAAAGCCAGUGCUGAGCGAACAAUCACGUUGAGUCUUGUCGGUCAGCUGCUCCCUCGUGCCUUUUAUCUAUCGCUAAGAACGAAGAACUUCGCGGUGGCCAUUGCGCUAUUUGCCACCUUUAUUGGAAGUUUUCUAUCCAUUAUAGUGUCAGGUCUGUAUAGUGCUAUCAGUGUCCCAAUUGUUCAGAAUAUUACUCUUUACCAAAGAGACACGUUCAACUUUGACAACGCAGACCUUUCCCUCUCUGAUAACGAAGCCACUGCUAUUGACAACUUGGUCGAAUAUUUGGGUCUGAAUAGCACAAAGUGGACAACGGGCGAUCUUGUGUUCAACACACUACAUCAGAAUGCCAUCUCAACAACGAAUUCGAGCGUCAAUGUGCCGCUGACAAUUAACAUACCUGCCGUGAGGCCGUCGCUGAACUGCACAACGAUACCGAAUGAUGAUCGAAAAGUAACAAUUGUUAAUCAAGAGUCUACACCAGGGUCAAUAUUUUUAAUGCCUGGGCAGAGCAACUUUGUGACUCCCCAAGAGGGGUAUGUUUGGAUUGGGCUGAAUACAACUAUGAGAUAUGCCGACUGGUGUGAGACUGCGCCGCAUGGAAUGAAGAGAGAGGAGCCGUGGAUGCAAUACUUUUUGCUUCCCAACGAUACUAGCAUGGCAUAUGUUGGAAAAGGCUCGAUCCUCACCUGGGGUAGUGGCCUUGUUGGAGGUGAUGGAGCGUUGGACACAAACCCAUCAACCGGAGUAGCGGGCAAUGGAGUUCAUCAAACAGACAACGGAUGUCCGACAUUUGCAGUCACACUGGGUCUCAUGCAAUUGAAGAAAUCGGGCAAAGGAAGCAAAGCCAAAAUUACUGGUUUCGAGCAAGACCUCGCCACACUUGUCUGCUAUCAGAACAUCGAGCAGGUUAUGGCCAAUGUCACCUGGCAGCUUCCUCAGUUCAGCUUCGACCCCAAUCAGCUUCCUACGACAAAUGAGGGUACAGCGAAGCUCUUGAAGACUAAUCGCAGCAGCGAAAGAUUUCCUUUUCUGCCCAACGCGUGGCUAAAUGGUUUGAGUAGUCCGCUGUUUAACCAGACGGUUCCUGGCCCGAACAACACAAACUACACGAAUAACUAUAUAGACAGCUUCAUCCAAGCUCUCGUUAUGACGAAGAAUGGUCGUCCAGUAGAUGAGCUUGCUGGCGCGAAGAAUGUCGACAACCUCAGGAAUGCCACUCAGCGACUUUAUGGCGACUACAUGGCUCAAGCCAUAUCCCUAAACAUGCGCGACAAUAGCACUUCUGGCAACGGGCCAUCUCUACCUACAUUCGACGGUGUGGUGACCUCAUCCGGUCAUCAGCGGCUACAGCAGAAUCGCGGGCCCAAGAUUGCGCUCCAGGUUGUUCUCGGAGUCAUGAUUGCGUGCGGCAUCGCGACGAGAUUGCUUUUACCAGUACGAGAUGUAUUGCCGCAUAAUCCCUGCUCAAUCGCUGGAGCGGCGACGCUGAUGGCUGGUGGAGAGAUGGUGUCUCGACUGGCUACCCCGUCGACGUCUGAAUGGGUGGAUGGCAGGCAUAUGAGUGUGGAAAACCUGCCUACGAAUGGGCUGUAUAGUUUGAAGUGGUGGCGCGAUGAGAAGGGUAUAGAUCGAUAUGGCAUUGAUUUGGAG